AUGUCAAAUAAUAAUGAAUCAAUCUAUCAAAUACGCUAUAAUGCAUUUAUUAAACAAUUAACAAAUUAUAUUAAUUUAACUAAAUGGCCAUUAUUAUGUGUUAUGAUUCAAACAAAUAUUCAUUCAAUAAAUGAUAAAAAUAUUGGACAAUAUUUAUCUAUAUCAACAGGUUGGGGUAUAGCUAAAAUUAUUGGUUUAUUAAUAUCAACUAAUGGUUGUGGGGGUGGUAGUGGUGAUAGUGAUGGUGACGAUCAUGAUAGUAGUAACCAUGGUAAUCAAUCAGGUUUAUUAAAUCCAUCGAUUACAUUUGCAUAUUGUUUAAUUGGUAAAUUAUCAUUUCGUUAUCUUAUCCCAUAUAGUAUAGUACAAUUAUUAGGAUCAAUAUUUGGUACAUUUAUUAUCAUUUGUAUUUAUUGGGAAAAUAUACAAUUAUAUGCUAAAUUAUAUUCAUAUGGUAAAUUAGAAAUGAAUUAUACUGGUUCAUUAUUAGUCAAUAUACCUAAUGUAUCCCAUCAAUUAUGUUUAUUAGAUUAUAUUAUAUCCAAUACAAUUUAUUCAUGGAUUAUAUUAAUCAUUAAUAAUAAUCAUAAUUUAUCAUAUGAAUUUCAAUUAAUUUAUAUUGGAUUAUUAUUCACUGGUAUUAUUGGAUCAUUAUCAUUAAAUAUUGGUAUUGGAUUAAAUCCAGCUAGUGAUUUAGGUGCAAGAAUAACAAUAUCAUUAUGUGGUUGGGGUAUUCAAGCAUUCAAAGCAAAUAAUUAUUAUUUUUGGUUACCAUUAAUUGGACCAUAUAUAGGAGCAAUAAUUGGUUCAUUAUUUUAUGGAUUUAUUAUUAGUUUACAUAUAAUACCAUUAUCUGAUAUUGAUCAAUAUAAAAUACAAAAUAAUCAAUGUACAAUAAUUAAUUCAAGUAGUAACUAUUUACAAAGUAGUUUCAUUGAAGAAAUGA